UGUAGUUGUAUUUAAUGGUGUCAUCAAAUAGCGUUUAACAGGAUAACCUUUGUCAUCAACCAACAAAGAGUUUCCAAAGUGACCUGAUUCAAAUUGUGUACAGAGCUGAGAAUUUCUGAAAAUGUAUGAAUAUGGAAAAAAAACUGCUUUCGAUUUCUGAAGAGCUCUGCAUGGCUUCCUCCGGGAGAAACAAUUUUUAUAUGCGUGCAGUCAAUUGCACCUAUGCAUCGAGGAAACCUAGCUAUGUUAUAAAAGGAUUGCUUUGCUCUGGUAAGAGCCUCGGGAGUGUCCGGCAUUUUUAUGUAAUUACUUCUUUUACUCGCUAGUACUUUCGAGACUCUUCGGACUUUUUUGGAUGCAGUUGAUUUGGAAACCCCAGCAAAAUCUCCAGCAACAGUUAAAAAACUUCCAUUGGCGUAAUAGCGCAGUGCUAACAACAGCUGCUGUUGGGGC